AUGACAAGUGUAUAUGAUCAGUACUCUACGUCGACCUCUUCGCGAACGAAUUCCCUUAAUCGGCCUUCGGUUGUUCCUAUAUCGGCCUUGUUAAAUCCUGAACCUGAUGGUCAUGUGGUAUCUCCAACAUCAACCACAUCAACUACGUCAACAAAAUCAACAUCUUCAACAACGAAUCCUGACAAUUAUGAAAGUAUCGAUGAUGGUUAUUAUAAUCCUUCAACAAAUCAAAAUCUUCAAAACCAUCAAAACCUUCAAAACCAUCAAAAUCUUCAAAAUGGUCAACAUUGUCGACGUUAUUCAGCUCCAAACUUAUCAUCAGAUGUUUCAAAUGAAAAUAAUAAUUUAACCAUCAUUUAUCAUAACAAUCAAUCAAAUGCUAUUACUCCUAUUAGUUCUGAGUCUUCUCUUUCUACCCCUACUUCUCCAAUAUCUUCAAUGAACAGAUCUAAUGAUCAAACUUCUGUUAAUAAUAUGAUUACACCUCCGCAAACUCCUGGUGUUAAAUCUCCAACAAAAGCAAAUUUUCAAUUUCCUCCAAAUACUUCUGAUCAAAAUUCUCAAUCAAUGCCUCCUAAAGUUAAACGUAAAAGAAUAACUCAAGAGCAAUUGGCUGAUUUGGUUGCUAUGUUUGAACAAACUGAUACUCCAAGUUAUGAUGUUCGUGAAAAAUUAGCUAAAAAAUUAAAUAUGACUAAUCGUGAAGUUCAGGUCUGGUUUCAAAAUCGUCGUGCAAAAGCUAAUCCUCAAGCUGCUAGUGGUCAUGCUUCUUCUAUUGGCAUGAUCAACCCUGGAAAUUUCACUUUUGUUCCAAUGUUUACAAAUAGUGGCCCUUCAGCUGGUUGUCAGGCAAAGGGUCGAAAUAAUCGAAGACACUCUUGCGUUACUUCAACUAUUAAUUCUCAAAAAAAGUCUUCUCAAACCUCCCCUUUCACUAGGCAACGUGCUGCAACUGUUACUGACCAUCAACUUCAUCAUGUUUAUGGUGGUCAUAAUCAUACUGGUCAUACCGUUCCUCCUUCUCCUGUUUCUCCUACUACUCCAAUUUUACCUCCUCCUAUCCCAUCUUCACAUUAUAUGUUGUCUGGUCUUAACCCUUGUACUCUCCCUCCUCCUAUCGUUCCUCCAAUCAAAGAUCUCCUUGCUCCUCCUUCUGAUUUAUAUCAAUCUGGUCAACAUUCUUUGACCUCGGUUCAUCAUCAAUCAUAUACUCACCCUCAUCAUUCUUAUCUUUCAACUGUUGAUUCUCAAUCAACUCUUUCAUCUGCUGUAUCAAAAACUUCUCCUAUUGACAUUCUCGCCACUGCUGCUGAGUUUGUUCAAAGUGAGGAAAAAGAAAAGGAACGCCUUAAGGCCCUUGAAGCUAUAAAACAAGAGGAUGAGAAUAAUGAUGAUUCUCAGAAAUCAAGCGUUUGGAGACCUUGGUUAGUGUGA